AAAAAAAUAUACUUCCGUAAUUCUGACCAUGUGACCAAAUCACGUGAUGAGCCGUCAGUUGAUUGGUCAGUCGUGUUGCAAUGAAGUUUUGUUCUGAAGUUGUGCAGUACUGAUUCCGCAAAUGCCGAUUAAACGGAACAAAGCGGAGUAUUACAUCUGUAUUUAAAACCAUGCAACUUUAAUUAGAGAUUAUUAGGUGUUAUAUGAUGAUUGUAGGAUAGUUUCAGUUUUGUGCGUUCAGACAGAAGCGGAAGUGUGUGUGUGCAGAAGAGUUGAAGUUGAAGAGUUGACUCCUGUGAAGCAGUGAUGAAGGUGUUCAUCAUUUCGCUGUGUGUGUGGUGUGUGUUUGUACUGUUUGUGCAUUGUCAAUCUCCUCCUCAUGUGGUGUUUAUACUGGCUGAUGAUAUGGGCUUUAAUGAUGUGGGGUAUCAUGGAUCUGAGAUUAAAACUCCCGUCCUGGACCGGCUCAGCGCCGCCGGGGUCCGACUGGAGAACUACUACGUCCAGCCGCUGUGUACUCCAUCCAGGAACCAGCUACUGACAGGGAGAUACCAGAUCCACACAGGGAUGCAGCAUCAGAUUAUCUGGCCGUGUCAGCCAUACUGUGUUCCUCUGGAGGAGAAGCUGCUGCCGGAGCUAAUGGUGGAGGCAGGUUACUCCACCCACAUGGUGGGCAAAUGGCACCUGGGCAUGUACCGGAGGGAGUGUCUGCCCACCCGCCGAGGCUUCCACUCCUACUUUGGUUAUUUGACAGGAUCAGAGGAUUAUUACACUCAUGAGCGCUGUAGCGCCAUCACACCACUGAAUGUCACUCGCUGCGCUCUGGACCUUAGAGACGGCGAGGACACGGCACCAUUAUACCGCGGAGUAUAUUCUACUGAACUCUUCACACACCGAGCAGUUAACCUCAUACUCAAACACAACACACACAUGCCUCUGUUCUUGUACGUAGCUCUGCAAGCGGUUCACGAUCCAUUACAGGUGCCUGAGCACUACACCGACCCCUACAACUUCAUUAAGGACCCUUCACGCAGGCAUUAUGCAGGAAUGGUGUCGGCUAUGGAUGAAGCCGUAGGGAACAUCACUAGGGCGCUGCAGGAUGCAGGGAUUUGGAACAACACCAUCCUCAUCUUCUCCACAGAUAACGGGGGUCAGACGCUGUCCGGGGGGAGUAACUGGCCCCUGCGUGGCAGGAAAUGGUCUCUCUGGGAGGGCGGAGUCAAAGGUGUGGCCUUUGUCACUGGACCACUGGUGGAACGACCCGGUACUGUGAGCAAAGAGCUUAUACACAUCUCUGACUGGCUGCCCACGCUGGUGGGUGUUGCUGGAGGAUCGACCAAUGGGACGAAGCCUUUAGAUGGGUUUAACGUGUGGGACACUAUCAGCAAAGGAAAAGGCUCUCCAAGACAGGAAUUGUUACACAACAUUGAUCCGCUUUACAUCGACAUCGCUCCAUGUCCAGGAAAAGAUGCAGGAGCUCAACAGGAAAUGCUUGACUCAUUAAAGAGAGACUCGUUAAGGAGAAACUCAUUAAGGACAGGGUCAGAUUCUGUGCCACGCUUUAAUGUCUCCAUGCAUGCUGCUAUUCGCUACAAGAACUGGAAGCUCCUGACUGGAUAUCCUGGUUGUCCUGUGUGGUUCCCUCGUCCAGGUGAGAUGGUAGGUGGAGUCUCAGAUGAAGCUCCUCCCCUUAAGCAGGUGAUGCUGUUUGAUAUCGACGCUGAUCCACAAGAGAGAAAUGAAAUUUCCCAUCAGCACCCAGAAAUUGUGGACUUCCUGUUAAAGCGGUUAGAGCAGCUGCAGGAGGGGGCACAGCCCAUCACCUUCCCCCCCGACGACCCCCGCUGUGACCCCCAACACACCGGCGCCUGGGGGCCAUGGCAGUGACCUGACGACAGCUGUUAUUAAUGUUUAAUAUAAUUAUUAUUAUUAUUGUAAUUAUUCUCAUUAUUAUUAUUAUUAGACCUACUGGGAUAAAUUUAUAGUAAUUUAUUUAGACAGCCAAAAAUAAAAAUACACAAAAUCAAUCGAUCAAACAUGAAUCUCAAUUAUGAUAAUGAACUUUACUGAGGAGACAGCAGUUACAAAUCAUUAAAUCAGGAUUUUUAUAAUAAAUCUGUUAUUUAGAUAAAUAAAGAACUUAUUUAAUGAUGAUAAUUUGAGUUAUUUAGGAAGAUGUGUGGGAGAUAUGGAAGUGAAUUCAUUCAGGAUUAUAGUGAGGAUGAAGAUUUUAGUAACUCAUGAGUCAUAUCUCUAAAUGAUUACUUUCUUUUGCCAUCCGUAUGAUUAUGACGACGAUUCAAUUAGAGGAAACCUGAGUCAGUAAAGAGCAGGGUUGGGAGGGUUACUUACUAAAAUGUAUUCCGUUACAGUUCAUAAAAAAUUUCAUCAGUAACGUAAUCCAAGUAUCACAAUAUGACGGUAAUGUAAUCUGAUUACUCCCUCAAGGUCACAUAUGUAAAUAAAGUCAUGAGAAAUGCAAUAUGAUCUAAAAUAGUUUUAUUUUAGAGCUUAAAAACAUGUUCAAUGUUUGGAUUUGUUUUAAUGAAAUAAAUAAAUAAAUAAAAGAUCAGUCACU